GAGCGAGCAGGAGGGGCUGGAGCCGCGGCCAGAGAUGCUGCGGGGCCGCGACGGUGCUGGGCAGCUCGGACGACUAACCUGAAGACACCGAGUUACUGAAGAGAAGAUUGCUCAUUUAAAAUCAACCCUUUCUGGCCCGAGCAUAGUACAUCCGGUAAAGUGAAUUCUGACAACAAGAAGACUUUGAUGACACAGACUACUGAAUUUGUUUGGUGUACACGUUAUGAACCCUUUCUGGAGCAUGUCUACAAGCUCUGUUCGCAAAAGAUCUGAUGGUGAAGAGAAGACACUAACAGGGGACGUGAAAACCAGCCCUCCACGUACUGCUCCAAAGAAACUGCUGCCUUCUAUUCCCAAAAAUGCUUUGCCCAUAACUAAGCCUACAUCUCCAGCCCCAGCAGCACAAUCCACAAAUGGCACACAUGCUUCUUAUGGCCCCUUCUACUUGGAGUACUCUCUUCUUGCAGAAUUUACCUUGGUUGUGAAGCAGAAGUUACCAGGAGUCUAUGUGCAGCCAUCUUACCGUUCUGCAUUAAUGUGGUUUGGAGUAAUAUUCAUACGGCAUGGUCUUUAUCAGGAUGGUGUAUUUAAGUUUACAGUUUAUAUCCCUGACAACUACCCAGAUGGGGACUGCCCACGGUUGGUGUUUGAUAUUCCUGUCUUUCACCCAUUAGUCGAUCCCACCUCAGGUGAGCUGGAUGUGAAGAGAGCAUUUGCAAAAUGGAGGCGGAACUAUAACCAUAUUUGGCAAGUAUUAAUGUAUGCAAGGAGAGUCUUCUACAAGAUUGAUACGGCAACCCCCCUCAACCCAGAGGCUGCAGUACUGUAUGAAGAAGAUGUUCAGCUUUUUAAAAGUAAAGUGGUUGACAGUGUUAAGGUGUGUGCUUCACAUUUGUUUGACCAACCUAAAAUAGAAGAUCCUUAUGCAAUUAGUUUUUCUCCAUGGAAUCCUUCUAUCCAUGAUGAAGCCAGAGAGAAGAUGCUGACUCCACAAAAGUCUGAAGAGCAGCACAGUAAAAGUGUUCAUGUUGCUGGCCUGUCAUGGGUAAAGCCUGGCUCAGUACAGCCUUUCAGUAAAGAAGAGAAAACGGUAGCAACUUAAGAGCGGGUGAUGCUGGUGCACCGUGCACUUUCCUGCUGGACUCUGGCCUAGUUAAAGCUGACCAAUGGCAAAGGAUUGCCUGAAGAGUAAAAGACUGUAUGAACAAUGGCUGAUAUCAGUGUUGUCCAUGUAUGCUUAGGUUCUAACAGCAAGUUCUGGAAAACUCUUCUGAAGUAAUGCAUUACUUCUAUCAGAAGUGUCUUUAGGGUGGAUAUCUAGUUAGUACUCCAAAUUAUUGGGGACCUUGAGACUUAAUAUUUUUCUGAAUAUAAUGCUAAAAGGUAAGUUCCAUUCAUUUAAACUAAUGAGUAGACAGUCCAGCACUAUCUAAUGAUUUUUAAAUUGGUGGUUUCAGUUGUAUGUAUAUUAGGAUAUGGAUAUGAAAAAAAUAGAGAAAGCAGUUCCAUAGCUUAUUAGCACUUUUAAAUGGAAAAAUCUUAUGAAUCUCAGUCUUCAGCCUACUGUCUUACUGAUUUACAAACUGCUAUCACUGAGGUACAUACAGAGGGAUGAGAGAAAAAUCAGAACAUUUGUCCAUAGUUUCUUUUUUUUUUUUUUUUAAAGCAAAUUACUUAAUGUAUUUUUCUGACAGGAGGGAGAAAGUGUUAAAACGGUUUCUAAUGAAGUCAGAUAUUUAAAUGAUGAAUGACUAAUGUGUUUUGUAGAGAUAAAAUAAACCAAUAAAUGAUCAUUCUUUGUCAUUUAUGAAGAAAUAAUAUAAUCAAAUAUUAAUUUAUAAAUGCUUUAUUGAAAAAUAUUCUUCUCAUAUAAAAUACAGUAGCAGUAGUAUCUUGAAAGGUUUUAUAAAUAUUUUUGCAGAACACCAUUCUAAUUGAACAGUGUAUGAGUUCCAUAUUUCCUACAGAGCAAUAUGAAGUUACCUAGUAACUUUGUUUAUACUGAUUCAAUUUACAAUUGAAUUUUUUCCCUAAUAAAAUGCAUUCAUCCAACUUUUAAA